AUGGCUAAGGGUUUAUCUUCCAAGAAGCGUCCGACCAAAGUUUCUGAGCUCGAGUUGCAGAUUUUUCAGCUAGAAUCUGAUCUGAAAAAUGUGAAGGAUCAGUUAUGCUCAUCAGAAAAAUCUAGGAAGCAAGCCCAGAGAGAUGCAGAGGAAUCCAACCAAGAGCUCUCAGUCCUCUCCUCGAAGCUUGAAGAAUCCAAGAAGAAAUUUCUAGAAAUUUCAGCCACUCAGAAUGCUCUCACAGUAGAGAUCUCUGAGACGUGUGAACAACAAGACAGCUCACAGCAAGCUGAGCUGGAAGCUCUACAGAAGCAGCAGUUGCAAGAAUCGGCUGCUUUGGCCUCUGCAUUAGAUGAGAUCAAAAGGCUCAAAGAUCAGCUGGAGAUGGUAGCUGAGUCUGAAGCUCGCCACUUAGAAUCUGCACAAACUGAGACGCUCGUGGUUGUGGAAGAAAUGAGGAAGCAGCUAAAUGAGUCCAAGAAAUCUGAAGCGCAAGAACUUGUUGGUGAGACACUUAUGCAGCUGGAAGCAGCCAAGAAGAUGGUGGAGACGCUCAGGUCGGAUGGUUGUAAAACCAUAGGAGUCUACGAGGCUGCAGCCAGUGAGCUGGAGCAGUCGAAGGCUCGUGUAGAGCUUCUAGAAGAGCUUGUUGGGAAACUCAAUGGUGAAGUUGAAGACGAGAAGGCAAAGGUAUCAUCAACUGAAGCAGAAUUCGCCUCUGCAAAGCUUGAAGUGGAGCAGUUGAGAUCUGCUCUAGCUGUUGCUGAGAUGAGACGGAACGAGGAUCAAGCUCGGAGCGCAGAGCAAGUAAAGCACGCUUGUGAGAUUGUGGAACAGAUCAAGUCCACAUCAGGGCAGAGAGAGGCUCAGUUGGAGGCAGAGCUUCGAAAAUGCAGCUAUGAAAUCGAGGAGCUGAGGUCAAAUCUCAUGGAUAAGGAGACUGAGCUGCAGAGCAUCUUUGAGGAGAACGACGCCCUCAUAAUGCAGCUGGAGAACGCGUUAUCCGGCCACAGGGAGCACGAGCUGAGAGCAGAAAAUGAGACUAUUAAAGCACAAUACCAUAACAUAUCAGAGGAAAACAGAGCAUUGAGGAAAGAAAUGGAGGCUUACAAUAGCACGAGGAGCGAGGCUAUGUCAGAGCUAGAGGCAGCGAGAGUAGCAGAGAGGGAGGCGCUGGAGAAGGUGGGGUCCAUGACAGAGGAGGUGGACAGGAGCAACAGGAAGGCAGCUCGCGUGGCUGAGCAGCUGGAGGCAGCGCAGGCAGCCAACGCGGAGAUGGAGGCAGAGCUGCGAAAGCUGAAGGUGCAGUCGGAUCAGUGGAGGAAGGCAGCGGAGGUGGCUGCGUCCAUGCUAUCUGUUGGGAACAACGGGCACGCAGUGGAGAGGAUGGGGUCGAUGGACAACAACUACAGCCCUCGGAUGAGGAACAUCACCUCGUCCUACGCGGAUGAUCUUGAUGAUGAAAUGUUCAAGAAGAAGAAUGUGAAUGUGCUGAGGAAGUUUGGUGAUGGGAUACGAACUAAACAACUAAACAAUAAUUGCGAGCCCAAUAGCAGUGACGGCCCAUCAGCCCAA